AAUCACUUCACCUCAUUAGUCUAAAGUUUAGACUCUAAACCUUGAAAUUUAAACAUUUUUUUUAAUAUUCUGCAAAUAAUAGAUAUCAUAAAUCAUCAGUACCUGAUAGUAGCUUUUAAAGUGCAUAAAUUCUAAAUUAUGCUUAAGAUUCCAAACCGAAGCAAAAUGACUGUAUCUGAGCAACAGCCUCGUAUCAUCAAGAUAGAGCGACCAACACCAAGAAGAAGACUAAGUCCCUUGAAAACAUCGAUCAUUCAGCCACAUAACUUCGUGGCGAAAAGCAGCCCAAAUGUAUCUGAAGAUCUCAAAAGUCGGUUGUUGGUUCUUCAGAAGCGAGUCACGGAGUGGAAAUCUGCUGGCAAUGUCAAAGAUGAAAUGUAAAGCUGUGGAAUUUGAAUAAUAAACUUUUAGUAAAUA